AGGUGUUUUUCCCCUCAUUUGCGUUGUACAGCGUCAUGUCUUUUGUCCAAACGUUGAUUACGGCGGUCCAACCGGAGGUUGUGCAGUGGCGCCGCCACAUCCACGAAAACCCGUACGUUGCAUACGAGGAGCAGCCCACCGCCGACUAUGUGGCGGACAUCCUCGGCAAGAUGCCUGCGCCGCUGGACAUCCGCCGCCUGACGCCAAACAGCGUGGUGGCUGACCUGAAGGGUGGCGCUGGCGAGGGCCCGAUGUACGCGCUCCGGGCGGACAUGGACGCGCUGCCGCUGCAAGAGGAGAGCGGCGAGCCUUUCAGCUCCAAGCGGCCCGGCGUGAUGCACGCGUGCGGCCACGACACGCACACGGCGAUGCUGCUCGGCGCGGUGAAGGUGCUGUGCCAGAUGCACGACCGCAUCCGCGGGACGGUGCGCUUCAUCUUCCAGCACGCGGAGGAGGUGAUUCCGAGCGGUGCGAAGCAGCUGGUGAGCCUUGGCGUGUUGGAUGGUGUGUCCAUGAUUUUCGGAUUGCAUGUGGAUGUGAUGCGCCCGUCGGGCUCCAUAUGGUGUCGUAUUGGAACGAUGAUGGGCGCGUGCAAUGACUUCGACAUUGUGAUCCGCGGCGCCGGCGGUCACGCCUCGCAGCCGGAGCUGUGCAUCGACCCUGUGUUUGUGGCAUGUGAAGUUGUGGCUAAUCUGCAAUCUGUUGUCUCGCGUCGCGUGAGCGCAUUAGCGGCUCCUGUGCUGAGCAUCACCACGUUUGAGGCAGGGCGAGGGAGCUACAACGUCAUUCCUGACACGGUGCAUAUGCGCGGUACGCUGCGGUGCCUCGACCGCGAUGUGCAGGCCCGUGUGCCCGGCUUGAUGGAGGAGAUUGUUGCGGGCAUCGCGAAGGCCCACGGUGCAGAGUACGAGCUGAGCUGGCUGGAGCCGAACAUCGUGACCUACAACGACCCAAAGGCGUACGAAGUGGCACGAGCAGCAGCCGUGCGUCUUGUAGGUGAAGGCAAUUAUCACGAGCUUCCGACUCCUCUGCUGGGUGUGGCUGACUUCUCGGAGUACCAGGCAGUGGUUCCUGGGUGCUUGUGUUGGCUCGGCGUUGGCAAAAGUGGCCUUGGCGACACCAACAAUCACAACUAUAGCUCCAAGUUUCGCAUAGAUGAAGCAGGUAUGGAGGUGGGCGUGAAGCAUCAUGUAUUGAUCAUUGCCUCUCUGAUGAUGCGCUCUGAAGGACCCAAAGAGGAAUAG